AUGAUGCUGAUUUCCCUUUUCUCGUUGCUUUUAGCGGCGUUCGCAGCUGCGGAUACGUGUGAGAUCAUCGACUCUACAACAGAGAUCGAGAUUCAUAGGCGUUUCGAGCUAGCCUACACGGUCGAACAGAGCGAGUACUGGUCCACUGCGUGCAGCGCGCUGAAGCCAUCCUGCGUCCUAUAUCCAACCAAUGCGGAUGAAGUGGCUCAGAUCGUCAAUAUUCUAAAAACCAACGACGAGGUAUUCGCCAUUAAGUCCGGCGGUCACAACCCCAACGAUUACUUCUCUAGUGUCGACGGCGGGCCCCUUAUUUCGACUGAACAGCUCAAUGAGGUAACGCUGGAUCGUAAAGCGAGGACUGUUCGGGUUGGCCCCGGAAAUCGCUGGGAGGAUGUCCUCGGCGCCCUCGACGGGACUGGGCUCGUGGUGGUAGGAGGCCGCGUGGGGAAUGUCGGUGUUGGAGGGUUCCUUCUUGGAGGUGGCUUAAGCUUUCUGAGCGCCCAAUACGGGUGGGCUGCCAAUUCCAUCUUGGAGUAUGAAGUUGUCCUUGCCAACGGCACAAUCGUCACGGCAUCCCGCACCCAAAAUUCAGAUCUAUUUUCCGUCCUCCGCGGGGGUGGCAAUAAUUACGGAAUUGUCACUUCGUUCCUCCUACAAGCCUACCCUCAAGGCGACAUUUGGGGAGGAACGAUGGUCUUCCUAGACAAUGAGAAGACGGCAUCCGCUUUGCUGAAGGCUGUUCGUGAUUUCACCGAGUAUUGCGAUGACGAGAAGGCCGGCUUGAUCCUAACUUCUGUGAGAGCUGUCGGACUGCUCGAUAUCUGGGUCAUGUUUGCAUUCUACGACGGACCGACCGUUCCCUCCGACGUCUUCGCCAACUUCACCUCCGUUGGCCCAUUCCUGAACACGUGCAAGACCCAGGCGUACAGCGCUCUUCUGACAGGCAACAACGCCGCCGUUGUGAAGGGGAGCAUCUACAAUAUCGGCACUGAGACGAUGCCUCUCCCGAAUUCAACACAUGGAACCGAGGUCAUGGAAACCAUUCACCGCCACUGGCGUGGUAUUAGUGGGAGCGUGCAAUCGGUUCCGGGUGUGAUUGCCAACAUUGCCUACCAACCUUUCCCCAAGAAGAUGGCUCGUAUCGCGCGGGCCAAGGGUGGCGAUUUGCUGGAUCUGGACGAUGACGUUGAUCGCAUCAUUAUUGAGCUGAACUACAGCCACUGGUUCAAGCUGAACAGGGACAAGAUUGACAAAGCAAUGAUGCGAACGUAUGAGGGCAUCAAUACACUUGUUCAAGGGUUCCAGGCGAGCGGAAAGCUUCCCAACGCAUACCUUCCUUUGUUUAUGAAUGACGGGUAUUACCGACAAGACAUCUUUGGUCGGUUGAGGGCGACUCAGCGGGAACUUGCUCAAUCCGUUGCCCAGAGCGUUGAUGCGGAAGGAAUGUGGAAGAAGAGAACUGGAGGUUUUAAGCCUUGA